AUGCCAGCUUCAACCCUAUCCAACCGGAAGUCAGAUGACUCGGCUCGACCCGUGAAGAGGAGACGUCUCCGGGACGAGAUCGACACUAUACUUUCACUUUGCGACUAUUUGAUCGAAGCAACUACCGACUCGAACAUAAGGCUGAGAUCCGAGUUGGUAGAAACCCGGGAAAAGCUUGCAAAAGCUCAAGGAAAAUAUGAUGAUUUGGAAUCGAGUCAUUUGCAGUGUCCCUACUGGAUACAAAGAAACGAAUCUCUUGCUUUGACUUCGGACGAUCGUUGCGAAAAGUUAGAGAAAGAAAAUGAGAAACUCCAGAAGAUGUGCGAUGGGUUGAAGGCGGAAAAUAGACGCCUCCGGAGACAAGGUAGCGUGGAAGACGUCGAUAGUGAAGGGGAGGAAAUGCACGAUGUCUAG